AUGCUAUCAACGCGCGAUGAUAGCGCAGCGGCGGACCACCAGGUGGUGGGGGACGUCUCCAGCGAAGUGGCCGAGAUUCGCAAAACAAUUACUAGUCUUUCGCCGCGUGUCCAGGGUGUGCGCGAGGCGACCAAUUCACUGAGCGCCACUUUGCAUGUCCUGGUUGGACGGAUCAAAGAUUAUUCGGAGUUGGCGCCCACUGUGGAGAAACAGCUCAGUUCUUCUGAGGCCAAUGCGUUAAAGUUAGUGGGUUCGGAGCCGAUGGAUUCCUUGGAGGCCCUGGAAACGAUCCUAGGCGAGUGUAGUGCCCUUUUGGCAGAACGCAACUCCACGGCUUCUCAAGCAUUCGGAAAGAUGCAAGCCCUGAGUCAGUACUUUUCCAAUCUACCUCAAAUUUUGAAUGUUUUCUGGUCACUUUUUUUCACAACGCAGGCCGCGAACUCCGAACUGCUUAGACGCUGGGAAUUGAGCGGUGAUUGGCUGGAGGCACAAAACUCGCUCCUGACAAUGCUCGCCUCUGAUUGGCGCACAUGGAGCGCCGACAUGGCCAAGCUCUCUGAGCUCGUGAGCCAAUUAAAAUCCGAGGUGGAGGCG